AUGGCUUCAAGUAUUAACGAGAAAAGCUCAUGUUCCAUAUGUGGUGUUAGAAGAUGGAUAUUGCCAUGUGAUGGCUGUCAUAAAUCAUUUUGUAUUACACAUGCAACUGAUCAUCGAGCUGAAUUAACAACACAACUUAAUAAUAUUCAACAACAAUAUGAUCAUUUACAACUUAUUUAUAAUCAAUAUGAAAAAGUUCAAGAACAUCCAUUAUUUUCAUUAAUUGAUGUAUGGGAACAUGAUACAAUAAUUAAAAUUCAACAAAAUGCUCAAAAAAUUCGUGAUGAACUUCGACAAAUACAUGAAGAAUCAAAUAAUCAAAUGAAAACUAUAUUUAAUCAAUUUAAUGAACUAAUUCGUAUUGGACGUGAAACUAAUGAUUAUACAGAAAUUGAAAUUAAUCAAUGGAAAGAACAAUUAAUAAAUAUAAGAAAACAAUUAGAAACACCAUAUGAUAUUGAAUUAAUAUCAGAUAAUAAUUUACCAUCAAUUCAUUUAAUUAAAAUUAAUGCAACAAAACUGAAUAUAAUGUUUAAUAUUUCUUCAUUUUCUCAAACAACUCAAUUAUAUGAAGAUACAAAUAAUAUCAAAUGUUCUUGUGAUAAUGAUGAACUUGAUAAACAACAAUCAACUAUUGUUGAUAUUAAUGACAAAUCGACUGUAGAAUUUUCAGAAUCGAAUGAAUCAAAUGCCAUAUUGAAAGAAGAAUUCGAAACAAAUCUUAAUUCAUGUAAUAUAUCAUCAAUUGAGCCUCAACUUCUACUUGAUCCAACUAAGAACAAUCAUCUUUUAUUUCUUCAAUUAUCUUCUACAAUUCAAUCUCAAAUACCUCAAAUUCUUAAUCAAUUAACUGAUCAUCAUUUACAAAUAUUCAAUCAAAAAGAAGAUUUUCUUAAUCAAUUACAAUGUUGUGAACAAACUAUUAGUUUUAUUGAUAUUUCUAAUAUAUCAUUAGAUGAACAAAAUUAUUUAUUAGAUACGAUUUCAGAACUAAAUAAUGUUUAUUACAUAUAUCUUCGAGGUAUUCCAUCAGAAGAUGUUGAUGAAUGUAGUAAUUUUUUUCGACGAUAUCCAAAAAUAAAGGCAAUGUUUGAAAAUGAACAACGUCUUAUGGUUCAAUGGGCAAUUGAUACAGCAAAUGAAUAUAAAAAAACCGGUGAUAUGUAUAUUGAAAAAGGUGAUAAAGACAAUGGACGUAAAUGUUUUGAACAAGGUAUUACAUUAUAUAAACAUUUAUCUGCUUUUCUCAAUGAAAAACGACGUAUUCGAUGA